GCAUGUUUGCAAAGCAUUGUGGGUACGCGUUUGCCUGUAGUUGUACUGCUGCUGGGAGAGAUUACGUUGUCUUCGAGAUAGAAGCAGAAUGUCGGGGUGUUGUGCAAAGAGCAGCGAUUCUGUGCCUGCGUGUGGCUCCGAAGCAAAGAUCAUUCACAGUGAUGUAAAGGAUUACUAUGGAAAGCAGCUGCAGAAAAGUGAGGAUCUUCAGACAAAUGUUUGCACGACCUCAGCCAAACCCAAACCAGCAUUCAUUCGGAAAGCCUUGAAAGAUGUCCACCCUGAAGUCACCUCCAGGUAUUAUGGGUGCGGGCUGGUGGUCCCCGAGUCUCUGGAGAACUGCUAUGUUCUGGAUCUGGGCUGUGGGAGCGGGCAGGACUGCUAUAUGCUGAGCCAGCUGGUCGGGGAGAAGGGCCACGUCACCGGCAUCGACAUGACUGAGGAGCAGCUUGCAGUGGCGAGGAAGCACAUUGAUUACCACACCGAGAAGUUUGGCUUUAAGAAACCAAAUGUGGAUUUCGUUCAGGGAUUCAUGGAGUUGCUGGGAGAGGCAGGACUGAAAGACAGCAGCUAUGACAUAAUCAUCUCAAACUGUGUGGUUAACCUGUCUCCAGAUAAGGCAGCUGUACUGAGAGAAGCUUACCGUGUGCUGAAGGACGGUGGAGAGAUGUAUUUCAGUGAUGUCUACAGCAACCAAGCUCUGACUAAGGAGAUUAGGGAACACAAAGUAUUAUGGGGGGAGUGUCUGGGCGGGGCCCUCUGGUGGGAGGAUCUUGUUCGAUUGGCUCAAGAGGUGGGCUUCUCCCCCCCACGACUGGUCACUGCCAGUCAUAUCGCCAUUGGCAACAAGGAACUCGGGAGCAUUGUGGGUGACUACAGAUUUGUUUCUGCAACGUACCGCCUCUUUAAAGUCCCAAAGAGCUGUCCCAAGGAGAGGUCCCAGGUCAUUUACAAUGGCUCCAUCACCAACUGGGAAAAGUUUUUGGAGUUUGAUGCUAACUACACUUUUAAGGGGAGAGACGCGAUGGUGGUGGAUGGGGAUGCAGCAGCCAUUCUGAGGAGUUCCAGGUUUGCAGAUGACUUCAUGAUCCGCCCUGUAGAGGAAGGCGCAGCGGCAGAUGUUGGAUGUUGUCCAGCGAAACCAAAGGAAGUUAUUGUGAACCCAUUUGAGCUGGCAAAACGCCUGGAACCUGCUGAUAUCAAACCAGCCACAGGAGGGUGCUGUGGAACAAAAGCCUCUGGAUGCGCCUAAAUCAAGGACCAUCAUGCACCAGGAAUUCAAGCCAGAGCAUCCUGUUCAGUUUACAAUGAUUGUCAAUAUGGCUUUAUGUUAACAGCAUUUUUUAUUUCAAGUUGUAGUGCCUGCACCUGAAUCCGUUUUUGCACUGCUGUAAAACCUAACCAUGUGGCUACUCUUGAAACCUAAACUCAAGAUCACCUUUAAACCCUGAUUGGCAAAACAAAUGCCAUGCCACUGGAUGCAGUGUAAGAAUAAUGAUGUUGAUUAUGUGAUCAAUCUUAAAGCUGAUCUAGGAGUAUUGCAUUGAUUUGUAAUGCUUGGUUUUCUGUGUUAACAGCACGACUGUUUUGGGAUUUUACUGGUUUAUGAUACUAAAAAAAUGUGCGCUGAAAGGUUUUAUGAUGGGUCAUAUAAGCAAGUUGCCAUUGAUAUGCAAUGUGGUUUCAGAGUCCAUGCCAUACAAGUUCCUUUGUACCGACAGGCCUUUAGCAAGCAAAGCUACAUGGGGGGUAUAGAAGAGAAUAAUGAAGCUGCUAUUAAGUGUUAUCGGUCAUAGUAUGAGACGAUCAGUAUCAAAUAAUUAACUACAUAACACUCAGUUUGCAUUUUUUUUAAAACCAUGAAACUGUUAUUGGCCUGUGAUUUUUGACCAGAAUUGUUUUCUGUAUUACCUGCUACCACCACCAGAGGUCACAAGUAUAAUAGUAACUGCAAAACAAAGGUCUAUUAAACAAAAUGCUACAAUCAACAA